AUGAACAGUGCCCUGACCUUCACUGGACACGUCAGGACUAUAGCCAAGAAAGCCGCAUGGAAACUUAGUUGCAUCCGGCGCGUCUCACAUCUCCUCGACUCCCAGGGAAUCUCCACCCUAUAUGCAGCUCAAGUCCGCCCCCUUAUGGAGUAUGCCCCUCUCACCUGGUUGUCCUGCCCCCCCUCAUACUUAAGCCUUCUAGACAAGAUCCAGCAUCGAGCACAACGCCUGAUACGUCUAAAGGCCCCGCCAGACCAGCCGUCCCCUACCAUGCAGCCUCUUCAGCAGCGUCGUGAUGUGGCAGGGUUGUGUGUCAUCUUCAAGACACAUAAGCAAGGCGCCCCGCACCUGACUGCACUCCGCCAGCCCUGGGCGCAGCCACAUGGCCACACCACCAGAGCUGCCACAUCCAGGGUUCACCAACUCGUCGUCCCUUUUGCUAGGACGGAGACCUUCCUUCGCUCCUUCCUUCCACGUUAUACGCGAAUGUGGAACCAUCUGGUUAUGCAGACACAGCUUCACUACACCACCUCCCUACACACCUUUAAGUCUGCUGCCAAUGCAUGGAUUAAACAACCAUAG